AUGAAAAGAAAGCAUACAGAAAACUCUACUUACGUGUCAGCACCAGUAAUGCCAACAAGUGUACAAGAAGAUCUUAGUGAUGUGAGCGAUGAUUUUGAAGAUACAUACAAUACAGAAGUAGCUAACAUUCAGACUCAGUUAGACCAAUUAGAUAAAAAAACUCAUCCAGAAUUUGUGAAAAUUCGUGAAGAAAUAGAAACUUGGUAUUCGGAACAAAAACAACGUAUUCAAAUUCUACAUGAACACAAAUUAGAUACUAUUUAUCGUGAGUAUACAAAAGAAGCUGAAGCAUGUGAUCGAGAUUGUGAGCAUGAGAAACGACGAAUUCAAGCUUAUUUAGUAUCAUUAUGUGAAGAAUUGAAACGACGUUUGGAACAUGAUAAGAAAAGCAUUGAAUUGACUCCAAGUGGAGAUAUUCUUGAAUUUAAACCUGCGAUAACUCGGAAGUUGAGACGACGAGCUAUAGGUGGAGUUGGUAGUGGUGUUAGCGUCGGCUCGGGAGGCGGAAAUGAUGUUUCCGCUUCAAAUCCAGCUAAUUUCAUGUACUGGGGUGAUUUACUUCUUUGUGGUUCACAUUGGCCAAUGAAUUCGAACUUGAGUACAAAGUUACAGAAAUCCAUUUCAAAUGAUUCAUACAAUUCUAUUGUUACUGCAAAUAGCAAUGAUGAAAAUACCGAUCCAGUCCAAUCGUCGUCAAAUUUAGAGAAUGAACCUAAAGAGAAUGCUUUAAAUGAUAUAUCAGGAAUUCCAUGUAGUAAUACAAUGUCAUCAGUAUUCCAGUCGACCUCAUUAUCAUCAUCAUUAUCAAUAACGUCGGCAUUAACCACAACAGCGACGAUGCCUACUACAACUUCCAUAACUAGCACCACGUUCAAUUCGACUUCUAAGUCAAAUAUAUUUGGUACUUUAGGUUUAAAUCCCUUUGAUGGAAGUUUAUUAUCACAUCUAUUAGCUUCCAUGAAUAACAACACAUCAUUGACAAAUUUAUAUACGAAUUCUUCAUAUUGUUUAUCAAACACACCAGACAACAUAAAUAAUGUCGGUGACUUUUUAACUAAUGGAGGUGUAGCAGUGAAUUCGUCGUGUAAUUCUACUGCAGUAGCUGUGGCAGCUGUUGCAGCUGGUCUUAUUAUGCCGUCAAAUGGUACUGGAACGAUUGGUUUAUCAAAUAACAUCAGACUGUCUCCAGUUACUGCACUUGGUUGUGGUCUAGUACCACUUCUAAAUAAUAAUAAUAAUCAUAAUCACUCUUCAUCAACGUCUAUUCGUAAAAGACGUCAUCAGAAUACUACGCCUAGUGCACAACUAAAUCUUUUAUUACCGGAACAUGAAAUUUAUGCAGAUUUAACAAUUAUUCAUAGAGCUUGUUCAAAAGUGUCAAAUAUUCCCAAUGGAACAUCAAUGAGUAGCGGUAGUCGUAAGCAUUCUUCACAUACUACAAGUAACAAUUCCAAUUAUACUCCUUAUAAUAAUUCGAAUACAUCUCAAUUGUGCUGUACUAGUCCAUUAAGUCCUUCCUUAGGUAAAUGUUAUGAAGAUAAUUGUGGCUCAAAUAGACUGACAAAAGAUUCCAACACAACAACUAUGAAUACACCGUUAUUUUCAUCUCAUUCAAUUGGUUCGCCUAAUUCAUUCAAUAGUGCAAGUGUUGGUGAUUUGCCAGUAACACGUACAGGUGCACGUACAACUGGAACGGGCCACAUUGGGACUAGUUCAUCCAUGAAUAACCAGUCCAAUGCAUCGUUUUCUGUGUGGAUAGACGAUGGACGACUUUACUGCGGGCAUAAAUGCUAUCAGAUUGGUGCUUCAGUUAUCUUAGAAGGUCGUGAUGGUUCAAGUCAUCGAUGCACUGGUACAAUAGCAUCUAUUGGUGUUCAAGACAUAGCUAUACGAAGAUGUUCAGAUCAUGGAAUAUGUCGUGUAACUGUACAACAAUUAAAACAAGGACGAUAUGCAAUAUGGCCAAGUAAAUCUGAAUAG